UUGAUGCUAAAAAGGAAAAGGAUAAACAGUGAGUAGGUGUUGUGUGUGAAGGUGUUGGUAUUUAGAGAUCACGGGAGUUGAUUCUCUCAAAUUUAACACAACCCUCCCUGACUCCUCCUCCUUCUCAAGAAUUAACAGCACACAAAUAGCACCUAAAUUGUCCUAAGCUGCCCCUCUCUCUCUCUCAUGUCUCUCUCCUCCACAUCUCUCAUUCUCAUCAUCUUUGUAAUAGCGUCGUCUGCAGCCACGAGCCGCGGCCGCAAGCCUCGCUACGAGCUCUCGGUUGAUUUCUACGCCAAGUCAUGCCCGCAGCUGGACCGCCUCGUCGCCUCCGUCACCUCGCAGCAGUUCAAGGAAGCCCCCGUCUCAGCCCCCGCCACCAUCCGCCUCUUCUUCCACGACUGCUUCGUGCAAGGAUGCGAUGCGUCGGUGCUGAUUUCAUCCAAAUCCGGGAGCAAGGAGGAGUUGGCAGAGAGGGAUGCAGAGGAUAACAAGGAGUUAGCACAAGAGGCCUUCGACAGCAUCACUAAAGCCAAAGCAUUGGUGGAGACCAACUGCCCUGGUGUCGUCUCCUGCGCAGACAUUCUCGCCAUUGCAGCUCGAGAUUUUGUCCAUUUGGCUGGAGGGCCAUAUUAUCAAGUGAAGAAAGGGAGAUGGGAUGGAAAGAUAUCGAUAGCUUCAAAGGUAGCAUCCAAUCUCCCACGCGCAAAUGCAAGCGUGGACGAGCUGGUUAGGCUCUUCAACUCCAAGGGCCUAACGCUCCAAGACAUGGUGAUCUUGUCGGGGGCUCACACCAUAGGUUUCGCGCACUGCAAGCAGUUCGUGAGCCGCCUCUAUGACUACAGAGGCACAAAGCAGCCUGACCCUUCCAUUGAUCCAAGGCUGCUAAAGGCCCUCAAAAUGUCCUGCCCACACUAUGGAGGCAACACUGAUAUUGUUGCACCAUUUGAUGUCACAACUCCUUUUGCAUUCGACAACGCCUAUUAUGGGAACCUCAUGGCUAAAUUGGGGUUGUUGGCUUCUGAUCAAGCACUCUUCUUCGACCCUAGAACUAAGGCUUUGGUGCAGGAAAUGGCUAAGGAUAAAAGCAAGUUUUUUCAGGCAUUUGGUGCGGCUAUGGACAAAAUGGGAUCCAUUGGUGUCAAGAGGGGCACAAGGCAUGGAGAGAAAAGAAAACUUUGCUCUUUGCACAUGGGAUGAUUGCCUUGCCUUGCCUAGUUUAACCAUUUUUCUUUAGAAUUUGAACAAAAAAAUUCUUUUCAUUUUUUUGCUCAUAAUUCCUUUUUCCUUUUUCAUUGUUUUUGUAUUAGUGACUAGCUCAUUUUCUUCUUUACUGUGAGGCUUGUGGGACUAAAAAUAUUUAUAAACUGUUUGCAACA